CAGAGUAUGAUGCCCGAUAUCAACCGCAGCGAACCUGCGAUGGCGACGGCUCCGGCUCUCGCCCCUCUCUCUUUCUCUCUCUCGCUGUCUCUGAACCCUUGACACCCCACCGUCAAUCUCUCUGACGGCCCGAGCCGCGCCCUCCUCUCUCUCUCCCUCUCUCUCUCUCUCUCUCUCUCAUAGCUCAUCCAGCGCUUCUCUCUAUGCGAUCCCAAAUCUCCUCAGCGGGGGUAGUUUGAAACCCUUUUCCGCUCAACUGGAUUCGAUCUGCUCCUCUUUUCGUGAGGAAUCUUCGAAAUUUUUCGGGAAAUUUUACUCCCAGUUCCACUGGGAAGUGUAACCACUAGUAUAUGGACAUGCAAUGCCAACGUAAGGCCCAAUGGCUGAUGAUAUUUGGCCUCUUCUUCCUCUUGAUCUUAACCAGCAAUUGGGCAUGUCAUGCCGCUGCUUUGUCUUCUGACCAGGUGAGCAAUGUGGGAAGCGGUGAUGGGAGCAUCUUUGGCUAUUUGCCAUGCUCUCAAGCUUACCUUGCCAGCUCUUAUUUUGAUCGCCGCAAUAGCCUGCUUGAAUCGGAUUUUCAUGAUUUUUUAGCUCAAGAAUUCGGUACAGGUGACUUGUGUAGAGGGCUGGCUAAUGAUAUGAAUGUGCUUGGACUUGCAGACCUGCACCGACAUCUGAGCGGUGAAGGUUCUCAUCGACAUGUGGUUUCCACCUUGACAUUUGUUAACCAAUCAGAUGGUAUGAAGUGGCUUGAUUCUCACUCUUGUGAAGCAGUGAUUAUUGAAAGACUUCCAAUUGGAGUCUUUGCAGAUCCAUUUGAGCUGCAACAUCUUGUCCACCGUAGAGCCUUUCUUGAUGCUGCCGUUUUUGGAGACUCGAAUCUGGAAUUACCCUCAGCUCUGUCCAACAGAUCAAUUGUUGAAAUUCACAUGGAUAUUAGGAAUGACUUGUUGGAGAACCAUGAAACUGUUAUUCAGUUACCGUUGCAUGCUAGAUAUCCGCCCCUUGACUCCAGUGGUUAUGCAAGGAUCGAAAUAGGCCGACCAGACUUGUUCAUACGCUGUAGACCAAAACAAUUACAACCAGAGUCCUGUUCAUGGACGCUUAAAAAUCUGGGUGCUGGAUAUGCGAAAAAUGUCAUGUGGCAAGUACCCUGUGGAAAUGAGGCACAUACAGGAAUUGUAUCCAGCAUUACUUUUGCUACAGCUCUAACGUGAAGCCUGCAUUUGAGAUACAUGCAGGUGAAGCCUGCAUUUGAAAUACAUGCAGGUAACUCAUCUUUGUCUGGGCCUGCAUAAAAUUGUGUAUCCCAAUGAGAGACCUCUACUAUCUUGACAUGGAUGUACCCCUCAUGCAGCUGACAUGGUCUCAGUUUUUUACGUCAGAUCAGCUGCAUGGUAGUAAUAUUAUGAAGGCAAGCUUGCUGUUAACAUUCCUACCCUUUUUCUAGUGUAAUCUUAGACGUUUAUAGACAUGCUAGACAGAGCCCUGGAUAGGAUCAAUUGAAACCCCCUCAUUGUUUCUGCUACUUUUGAAACUCGUAUUUGCUCGUAGUGAUCCAAAUUGAUUUGCUUGAAAUUGUGGCAACUACAAUUGGCUUCUGUCCGUUGGAAUAUGUUUAUUUAUCAUCAGACCCUCUCCAUGGUUUUGUGGUGGGAUUUUGGUAGGAGCUAACUGCAUUUUUUUGAGAUGUUUCUAAAAAAGUAGUCGAGAUGUCUACUUUUUAUGCUGAACUUGGAAAGCUGUGAGCCUGUUCGUUGGAUUUAUAAAAUGUGUCCAAGUUCUAUUGCAGGAUGGUUGUUCUAUCGCAGGACGACUUGAUGAAACAACAUGGAUGCUUGCUUGACAGGAAAACAGAGCCCAACGGAUUUAUACGGAACUGCUAAGAUUUCGGCAGCUUCGUAAGGUUUCAUGCCUGCUCCUGUGGGAGAGUACAGGAAAAUCAGAAUGAAGUCUUCUCUAUUUUUUCUUUUUACUUUGUUCCUUGAAUGCAAAUGAAUCUUCAAGGAGAAAGUACUUAAGAGAAUGCAUUAACAUGUAUCAAAGGUAAUGCAUUAACAUUUAAUGAGCGAUUUUAACUGCCUCAAGAAUGAAUUAUGUUUAUUUGAAACA